GCGCUGCGCGAGACGCUGGAGCAGAAGGAGCUGGAGCGGGCGCAGCUGGCAUCGCUCUGCGCCAUGGCCCAGGACGCCUGGCGCCGGCAGGACCAGACCCGGGCGCUGGCACUGAAGGAGCUGGAGGAGCUGGUCGCUGCCCUGCACGCCGCCCUGGCCAGCAGCACCAAGGACCUGGAGGUGCUGGCCGAGUCUCUGGCGGCCCCGGCCCCGGCGCUGCUGCAGCGGCUGCAGGAGCAGGAGGGGCUCCUGGCCGAGGCACUGGCCGCGCGGGCCCGGCUGGCUGCGGAGAUGGAAGCCCGGCUGCAGGGGGCGCUGGCGGCGCAGGCGGCCGCAGAGCAGCAGCUGCAGGAUCAGAUGCGUGGCUGCACCCAGGCGCUGGCCGAGCGGGCGCGGGAGGCGGGGGCCCUGCGGGGGCGCCUGGCCCGGCAGGAGGGGGCGCUGGCCGAGGGAGCCGCCGCCCUGGUGCGGUGCCAGGCGGAGCUGGUCCGACUGCGGCGGCUGCUGGAGGAGCGGGACGACGCGCUGGCGAAGGCUGCCCGGGAGGCGGAGGAGAAGGACCGGGGGCUGCAGAAGCUACAGGCGUCCUGGCUGCAGCGUGGGGCCGGGGGCAUGACGCAGACGCUGUGAGCAGAGGAGGAUCUGGGGUCUGGCGUGUGGGGCCGGCUCUGCCCCCCGCCAAGCCCCCACCGGAGAUGGGGCUGCUGAGCUGGGACUGCCAGGGGCGCUGCAGGGGAUCCCAGCUCCUCCAGCCCCGGCCAGGAGGAGGCGCUUCGCUUCGCUUGACGCUGACUCGGGAUGGGGGGAGUAUUUCCCAUCCAGUAAAUGUUGGCUCUGGGGGAUUUCUGGCCCUGUGGGGCCCGCUGGCUGCAUUGAUUCGUGGUUCCCAGGAGGGGCGUUCCCUCGGCCGGCUCCCAUCACUAUGG